AUGUCUGAGACGAUUGUCGUGAUAGGAGCCGGCGUGAUCGGGCUCUCAACCGCACUUGACAUCCAACAACACCUGCGCCGCUCGCAAUCCAUCCUCCUCGUCGCCCGCGAGUUCCCCUCCGACACUUCCAUCAACUACGCCUCCCCGUGGGCCGGUGCGCAUUACCGACCGGUACCAGGGUCCUCGCCGCAGGCACUCCGCGAAGCGAACCAAGCGCAACGCACGUAUGAAUUCCUGAAGCGGGUGGCUGCCGACGAACCCGCCGCGGGAAUCCGGUUCAUCCAGGGCGUCGAGCAUCUUGAGGCGCCGCCGCCGGAAUACCUGGAUCGCGAGAGCGUGCGCAAUGUCUAUCCGCAUCUGGAUGGGUUCCGAGCCCUGGCGCCGCACGAGGCCCCCGCCGGUGUGAAAUGGGGUGUGCAGUAUGGGACAUAUGUGGUUAACUCGCCGGUCUACUGCGCGUACAUGCUGCGCAAGUUUAUCUUGAAUGGCGGGUCAACGAGACAGUAUACCCUGGCCCAUGUGAACGAGGCGUUUAGUUUGACUGCCAAUGUGAAGACGGUGGUCAAUUGCUCGGGGACGGGGUUCGAUGAUCCGCAAUCUUUCAUCAUCAGAGGCCAAACCUGUCUCAUCCGCAACCCCUGCUCUGCAACCAUUACCCGCCAAAACUCCGACGGGUCCUGGUCCUUCUGUAUCCCGCGCCCACUCGAUGGCGGCACAAUCAUCGGUGGCACGAAACAACCGCACGACUGGGACCCAAAUCCAUCCCUGGAAACCCGGUCCCGGCUCCUCGCCAACGCCGCAAAAUGGUUCCCAUUUACGCCAGAAAGCGGUGGCAAGUUCGAUGUAAUUCGCGACAUUGUCGGGCGACGACCAGCGCGAGAAGGCGGGAUGCGUAUUGAGGCGGAGAAGGUUGCGGAGAAUCGAUAUGUGGUUCAUGGGUAUGGGGCUGGUGGGCGUGGAUUCGAGAUCUCGCGGGGAGUUGCCGAAGAUAUUUCGGCGCUGAUGUUGGAGAAGGGGUUGUUGCAGGCCAAAGCCUCGCUGUAA